AAGAUCCAAUAAAUCUUAUUGAAAUGAAAAAAAUAGAGAAACAGAGAUGCAAACUGAUACAAACAAGACAAUCCCUUCUCUUUCAUCUCUAUUACAUUUACCAUCAGCUUAUAUUAACUCAUUCCUUUCAUCUUCUAUAUCAUUAGAAGAAGCACAUAAUAUAACAACAAAUCUUCUUUCAUCACUUGAAACUGAGUCUAGAUCUACCAUUGAUCAAUUACAAGAAAUAACAAAUGAGAUUAUCCAAGAAUUACCACAGUUAAACCAUGAUAUUGAACUUUUGAACAAGAAUAUAGUAGUUCUUUUAGGGAUAUUAAAUAAAAAAAAAGAAUAUACAGAAAGUUUUAAGAAAGGAGUAGAAAACCAUGUUAUUGAUAAUUUUAUGCAUCUUGAUCUUAUAAAACAAAGGAUUGAAGCAACUCAAAUAAUUUUAAAAGAAGCCAAAGAAUGGAAAAAUAUAGAAACAAAAAAAAAACAUAUUGAGCUAUUGAUAAAGAAUAAAGAAAUUGAAGAGGCACAGAAUGUUAUUAAUAAAUUAAAGCGUCUUGUAGAAGUAUGGAAAGAAACUAAUGAAUAUAAAGAAAGGGUAGAUAUGAUUAAAAUUUUGGAACAAAAAAUAUCAGACUUUACAGAAAAAACAUGAUAAAUUUUUAAAGAUAAAUUAAAAACAAAAAUAACGAUAUUCUGAU